CCCAAGGCGGCUGCGGUGGCGCAGUCGCAGUUACUGUGUCGGUGUUCUCCACCUCGUUGGCCACAGACGCUUUUGGAGCAGUGUGAACUUGAGGUAAAACAUGGCGAACUCUGACUGCGAUGGCCAUGCGGGCGAGGACGGGGAGAAUUUCCUGUACUUCGCGUACGGCAGCAACCUGCUGACGGAGAGAAUCCAUCACCGAAACCCCUCGGCCACGUUCUACGGCGUGGCCCGCUUGCAGGAUUUUAAGCUUGACUUCGGCAAUUUCCAAGGCAAAACAAGUCAAAGGUGGCAUGGAGGUAUAGCUACCAUUUUUCAAAGUCCUGGAGAUGAAGUGUGGGGAGUAGUAUGGAAAUUGAACAAAAGCAAUUUAAAUUCUCUGGAUGAGCAAGAAGGAGUUGAAAGUGGAGUAUAUGUCGUAAUAGAAGUUAAAGUUUCAACUCAAGAAGGGAAACAAUUAACUUGUCGAAGUUAUCUGAUGACAAAUUAUGAGAGUGCUCCACCAUCACCACAAUAUAAAAAGGUUAUUUGCCUGGGUGCAAAAGAAAAUGGUUUGCCACUGGAGUAUCAAGAGAAGUUAAAAGCAAUAGAACCAAAUGACUAUAAAGGGAAAGUCUCAGAAGAAAUGGAAGAAAUUAUCAACCAGGAAGAACAAAAGCUCUGUAGAACAUGACAGAAUAUGCCUAAGGAUAUUCUGUCUUCAUGCUAAUAUAAAAUAUUCUUAACAUUUGAGAAGAGGGAUUUGGGAUAUCGCCAUCUUUAUUCUACUUCUAACAGUACUUUGAAGAAGAAUGUCACUUGGAUGACCUAUAGUUUCAGACUAUAAAGAGAAUCUGGGUUAGGAGUUAGAGUUGUAAAGAGGGGGCUGUGGGGUGCUGGAAUACGUGGCAAAUGGAUGAAGACACAAGCUAUUUUAUUUAUUCUCUUAAUUUUUUCUUUUGACCUUAAGGAUCUUCUUCCUCUGUGACAAAGGAGGGGUUUGUGGUCUGCUCAAUGAUGGUGCUGGUGAAUUACUCUGCUCUGGGUUUUUAUUUUAAUCAACCUAGUAAGCAAUCUGCUGAGACAGUUCAAAAUAAAAUUUUGAAAACUGGAAA